GAUUCUGAAGAUCCCUUGGGAUCCUGGGCAGUUGCAUCAGCAGGAACCUUGAAUCAAUAUAUAGAUAUGAUAUCUAAUAAGAUUGGUUUAUCUAAUUUUAAAUUUGUAUCUCCUGUGUAUGGUGUAUUAGGAGCUUGUGUUAUGAAUCCAUAUACAAAACAAUUGGUAAUGGAUAAAUUGCCACUUUUAAUAAAUAAUACUUAUGAUAUUUUGGAACAAAAUAAGAAUAAGCCUUCUGUAGUACAGGGUGUGUUUGAAUUUUUGGAGCAGAUAGCAAAAGAUGAGGAAGGUUCUAAAUUACUUUAUAUGAAAUAUAAUGGUUCUAUGGGUAAUUUGAUUGAUCAAACUAUAACACUUAUGAAUUUGAAUAGAGCAAAUGAUACAGUAUAUUUACCAGGUAUUAAAUUAUUGUCAGCAAUAUGUGAAACUGCUAGUGUUUCUGGUUAUGGAAAUGAUAUGAAUACUUCUAAUAUAAUAGAAUCAUGUGAGUUAUUAUUAAAUCUAGGUUCUGAGAAAGAACGAACUGUUGAAUUUUUAAAUUUGAUUGAUACGAUGGUAUUGGGUAAUUUAUUGGAUGAAAAAGUGGCUUCUGAAGCAUUAAAAAAGAUAAAUAGUUUAGUAUCUGAAGAAAACUUAUCAAAAUAUACAGAAGAAAAUAGAGUUGAAAUAAUAAAAUCAUAUGCAGGUUUGGUUAAAGAUUGUGCAGCAACUGGAUUAUUUGCCCACAUUCGUGGUAUUGAAAAGGUUGAAAUUCUGAACAAUUUAGGAAAAUGUAUGGAAUAUGAACAGAAUGAAGAAGUUACUGUGGCUGUAUUGGAGGCAUUAAGUCAGAUAAGUGAAUCUGAUCCAAGUAUUGCUACAAAAAUAUUAACAUCUUCUUUGCCAAUAAUUAUGGAAAAUAAUCGUGAUAAUAUAUUGAAUGAUACAACAACAGCAGAGGCUUUCUUGCAAGCAUUAGAGAAUUUAGUAUUGCAUGAAGGAGUUGGUCGACAACUUAUUAAUAAUAAAGAAUUGCAAGAUUUAUUAAAAGAAUUAGAAAAAACUCUUGAUGAAAGGAAAGAAGAUUUGGGAAAAGAUUAUAUAGAAGACAUGAAACUUAAAAUUUCUAAUAUAUGUAAUGCCAUAAAUGGUGAUAAACCUAAAGAGAAGAAAUGUAAAGAUGUGUAUGAUAUAUUAACUGAAUAUAAGAAAAGCAAUACCAUUAUUGAUGUGUUACAAGAGCCAUCUUUAGAAGAAGAUAUGGAUUUUGUAUUAGAACGAUUAAAGGUAUAUAAUCAAGAUAAUUUGUUACCAACAACAGCUACAGGUAUAGACAAUUCAUAUGGACAUAUGGCUAUUGAAAUGUUUUGUGAAAAUGAAGUAAAUAUAGAUGAGCUCAUAAAGAGAAACUUUCAUAUUAGCGCUUUCUAUUCUUUAACAAAACAAACUAAUGAAAAUGUAAUACACUAUUCAUGUCGAUCUAUAUGUGCUUUUACAAAAAAUACUAAUGGUUUAGAUGCGGUAAAAGAUGUCAAAGACUUUGCAAAUGUUAUAAGUAAAUCUGUUGGAGAUUUGAGUAAAGAGAAUACAUUAGAUAAAGAAGUGAAGGAAGAUUUUUUAAUACAUCGUGUAUUAUUAAUAGAUAGAACUGCUUAUAAUAGAAAUGUGUAUGAUAAGACAAAUGCUGUUCAUUAUUUGAUAGAUAUAUGGAACCAAUAUGAUAAUGGUGAUUAUUCUGUUUUAUUAUUAAGACACGUAUUUCGUGCAAUGAGAAAAAUAGUAUCUGAUGCACAUGUACAAACCUUAUUAAAGGCUGGUGUAUUAGUUCGUUUGAUUAAUAUUAUAAAUAAUAUUCAAACUGACAAAAUAAUAUUCCCUGAUGUUUUAUUUUUAAUUGGAAGUUUGUCUGUUGUUAAAGAAAUAAAGAGUCAAAUUGGUGAAUUGAAGGGUAUAGAUGCAUGUGUGAAUUUAUUAUUAAGAUCGAUAAAUGUUGAAAAGAUGGAGCCUACCAUAACUAAUUGUUGUUUGGCUUUAGCAAAUAUGUGUAUAGAUCACAAAGGCAAUUCGAGUAUCUUUUGUAAUUUGAAAGGUCCUGAUGUAAAUGUGAAGAUCUUAAAGUUAUAUAGAUCUAAUUUUGAUGUAACGAAUGGAGCAUCUGUUUUACUUUGUAACAUCUUAUUUAGAAAUGAAGAAAUGAAGAAACAAUAUGGUAUUAAUGGUGCACCUGCUGAAUUAGUAGAAUGUUUAAAAAGUUAUGAUGGUAGUGAUAAUAAGAAUGCAGUAAGAUGUAUCGAAAGUUUAUUUAAAGCUAUUUCUAACUUAUCUUUAUAUACAGUAAAUGUAAAAUAUUUCUUGGAGGCACAAAUCCAAGUAUCUUAUGAAUCAUGGUUAGGAAAUUUAAAUGAAUCUUUUCCAGAUGCACAACUUGAGACUGGUUUACGUACCUUAUCAAAUUUGGUUAUGGAGAAUGAUGAAGAAAAUAUGAGGAAUUUUGGAGUUACCUUAAUUCCAGUAUUAAAUGUAUUAAAGCAAAACAGAGAGGAUACCAAAGUAAUUUUCUUAUUAUUAGAUAUAUUGUGUUCAUUAUGUCGUUUAAAUGCUAAUGCUAAAAUAUUUGCUGAAAAUAAUGGAAUAGAGACAACUAUAAAUGUGAUACAAUUAUAUGAUUAUGAUAUAACCUUAUUAUCAUUGGCAAUACAUUUAUUAAGUAACCAAUGUAAGAUUGAAUCUAGUUUACCUUUAUUAGUUAAGGCAGAUGCCUUUUCUAUAUUGAUUAGUUGUAUGGAAGCUGAAACAGAUGAGUUUGAGAUGACUGAGUUGGUUGUAUCAUCAUUAAGAUGUGUUAGACGUUUAAUACAAUCUGAGGAGUUGGCUUAUGAAUUUUGUAAUUGUGGUGGUGUUCCAUCUAUGGCAAAUAUUAUAUGUAAAUCAAUGAAGAAAUCUAUUGUAAUGUUAGAAGUGUUACGUGUUUUAUUAUGUGUAUUAUAUUAUACUCAAAAUGUAGAAGGAGUAACAAAUGAAUAUCCAGAAGAAGAAGAAGAAUUAUAUAAUGCUCGUUUAGGUGGAUGGUAUAAUAUAAGUAUGGACAAAGAAAUGAUUGAUUCUAUAAUUCAAGCAGUUUUGACUUGUGCAUAUGAUGUGAAUCAUCAAAAACAAUUACGUUUACAAAAGGUCUCUCUUGGUUUAUUGGCUUAUUUUGCUUAUCACCGAUUAGGUAUUAUAUCUAUGACUGCCUCUGGUUUUGAUAGUUUAACAAGAGAAGUAUUAAAUAAUUUUGGAGGGGAUCCGGUUAUUAUGCAAUUGUUAGCUAUAUGUAUAGACAACAUAGCAAUGUAUUCUGUAGAAGUAUAUGAUACAACGAUCACAAGAGAUAUAAUAAAAUGUUUCAAGGGUGCAUUAUCAAAAAUGAGUAAUAAAAAAGAAGAUAAGCAAGUAUGGCAAAAGGUGCAAAUGACUUUAGAGGCCAUGAAUUCAGCUGAUGAUCCUUUGGAUGCAUUUAAAAAUACUUUAUUAAUAUUUGAUUUUAAUUUAUCUGAGUUUGAUAAGGAUCCAUAUGUAAAUGGUGUACAUGAUUUAGCAUCUAAUGUAAAGGAUUCUUUAAGAAAAGGAGGUCAAAGUAAAAUAUAUUAUCAAAGUGAUGAAAGGCGAUUAUUUAAAUGGAAAGCAAGUCAAGAUCUAAAUACAUUAGAAUGGACCAUAGGAGAUGAUACAGAACGUGUAUUUAAAAUAUCAGUUGUUCGUAUAAAAAAUAUAUCAAAAGGAUUAUCUCAUCCAAUAUUAAUAUCUGCAAAUAAGAAGGAGCCAAGAAAGGUGAGUGCAAAAGUAACUUUAUGUAUAUAUGGACCACCUACUGAGGAUUUCCCAGAAGGAUUGGAGUUGCCUAUAAAGACGAAAUCGCAGAAGGAAAGAGAUGCCUUUGUGGAUCUAAUAGUAUUGUGGCGUGACGCUGCAAGUUAUAACUAUUAA